AUGUUUUAUUUCAUUGCCACGAAGAAAUACGACAAGCAGAACAGGGCACUGCUGAAGGAGACGAAUGGGAGAUCGAAUACGCGGAUUAAGGACAACCUGAUGCGUGAUGUCGACUACGUCGUCUUCACUCCUGAGGAAUGGGCACAAAUCAAGGGUGAAUACGACAUUGAGAUAAAAAUGGAUAAAAUCUACCACUGUACAAUUGAACUACGAGGAUUCACUGAAAUAUGUCUAAAUAACAUUAGAAAGGAUGAAUUAACUACAGACAUAAACAACAAUACGAGCCAAACAAAUGGAGCAGAACAGGUGUUGAGCAAGACCAUUGUGAUUUACGGCAUUGAGACAGUCUACGAGGCCGUAUUGAAGGUGUUCAUGAAUCCAUCCACCAAAAUGGACAAAUUCAACAGGGAAUACAAGGUUGAAUUGGGUCAGACUGAAAUAGACAUCAAAAGCAGGUUUGACGACUUAGCAGCAAACUACGGCAACUUUGAAGGAGACAGGUGCAUUCUAAUAGUCCACAAGAGGAGUAACACGACCAAUACGAUGGUAGUGAACACGAAUGCGGUAACAGGAAUACCAAACUUAGGCAACACCUGUUUCAUGAAUAGCAGCAUCCAGUGCCUACUGAAUUGCGACGAAUUGAACACUGCCAUUUUGAAGACGAAGCCAAAUGAAAACAGGUACAAGAAGGUUGUUGAGGAGUACAAGCAGGUUGUACGAGACCACUGUAGCAGAGACAGCGGCCUCCUCUGCGUUGCCUCGUUGAAACGAGAAGUUGGCAGACUGAAUCCAACAUUUUCUGGUUUUGAUGAACAGGAUGCCCCUGAAUUCAUUAUAGCACUUCUGAGCAUGCUUCACGAUGGAACACUCUGCGACAAGACCGUUGAUGUUGAACGAGUUCUUGAUACUUCUGAAUACGAUAGUGCUCUCUCUGGGAUAUUCAGCUGCAAGCACUCAAUCAGAAUACGCUGUUCUAAGUGUGGGGUUGUAUCCAAUAAGCAAGAAAUAAGCACACUUUUGAGUCUACCAAUUCCAAAUGAGACAGUUCAAAUAGUAUUGAGCAUCAGGGACGCAUUCAGAAUAAUACGCAGUGAUACGGUAGCAGAUGCAAAGGAGAUGGCAAGGAAGAUAGUUGGAGACGAUGAAACAGGGGAUGACGUCAUCUACGUCGUGACAUUCUACAGGAAUAACAGCUUCAACUCGAUAGUCCAGGGAAACAGGCUGAAUAAGAACAGUGGUGGCUACUACAUCCUGUACAAGUUGGUCAAUAGCUCAGCAAAUGUGCUGUGUAAGACGUACUACAGGACGAUGCUCUGGCUGGUCUACUCAAAGAUGUCAUUUGAUUUCAUGGUCAAAAUAGAAACAAAGAAGUACAGCGUAAACGAGUUCAAGGACGCAAUUGUGGCUGGAUUAUACAAGGAGUGUGCUGGACUGCUCCUUCCAGGAGUGACAUUGAGUAAGUUUGGGACACACGUGACUGUUGAGCUGGCCAAUGACAUCAGUAACACGGUCAUAGACAGAAAGAUAGCAAGUUGUGAGGUCUAUUUCGUGCGACUGGCUGAGAUAUUCGGAAACAACCUGAAGUUGAAUGAUGCCAUUCACGUUGAAGACUGCGUGGCUGAGUACCUGAAGGAGGGGCCAAUCAACUUCAGUCACCAGGCAAAAGGUGAAAGUGAUGGAUGUCAGGGAGAGUGUUCUAUUAGUACAGCAAUAGAGAGUACUCCACCAUACAUGUUCAUAACACUGAAGCGAUUCACAUCAACUGGAACCAAAAUCAACACAUUCGUGGACUUCAGGGAGAGACUCCUCAUCAAUGGAGUGGCCUACGAAUUGGUAGGCGUAGUCUGCCACUUCAAAAUAGGCAUCUUCUACGGUCACUACGUCAGUUACGUGAAGAAGGGUGACUCCUGGUACUGUUGCAAUGACAGUGUGGUGAGCAGGGGGAAAGUGGAGAAGAAGACAGCCUACGUCUUUCUGUACAGGCGGGUAUAA